AUCAGAAUGUCUGACGAUGAGGAUGACUACAUGUCUGCUGAAAUUCUCCAAGGAGUUAGUGAACAACCAGUUGGAAUUGCAAAAUCUAGAGCUCACAAGCGAGAACUACAAAUAAAUUCAAGAUUUGAAGAGUCCAGAGACACGUUUAAACCAAAAAGGCCAACUAGUCAUGCUGAGCGAGAAAAAGAACGUCGCGACGAGGCGCUCGCAAAACCGAUUAGCCACGAAUCGAAAGGAUUUGCAUUGAUGGCAAAAAUGGGAUUCAAACCUGGUAUGACAUUGGGAAAGCAAAGAGAAGACGAAAUUCGAAUUACGGAACCAAUUGGUGUCGAUAUCAAGGCUAAUAGGAAGGGACUUGGGCACGAGGUUGAAGCAGUUCAAGAACGCAAUGAACGAGUUGAGGCUGUAAUGCAAAAAAUGAAAGAACAAGCGGCAAAGCAUGAAGAGCUGAUCGAUGACUAUUCCAAACGGCGGAAGCUUGAUGCCAACUCAAAGCAAUUAGUCAAAGACAUCAGAUCUUGUCGAAAGGUGUGCGAAGAGUUGGAUCAUCGAAUUGGAAAAAAAGUUCCCAGUGUUUCGUGGUUUUGGAGAAGUUAUAAAGUUGCUCAAGAGGAAACUACAUCUUACCAUAAAAAAGUUGAAAAAGAAGAUGAAGAAUAUAAGUACUCAAAUGGUUUAGCAGCUCCAGAAGAUCCGAAUUAUGAUUUCACAAUGUCAACGGAAAUUUUAGAAGAAGCACUUUCCACUAUCAACAAUUAUCUUCGAGAUGGUCACUUCUAUUGUAUUUGGUGCGGAGCCAACUUUUCCUCGCCAGAAGAUAUGAUCGAACAUUGUCCUGGGAGCACUCGUCGAGCACAUCAUGGAGAAGAUGAAUAGAUUAAUUAUUUUCAUAAAAUCUCAAUUCUUGAUGUAUAUACUAUGAAUCCUUUUUUAU